AUGCUCGCUGGUGGUAUAGGUGAUACUGUCAAGACGCGACAACAGGGCGAUCCUCAUAUCCCUCCUAGAUAUACUUCGAUGACUUCGUCGUAUGCGACCAUAUAUCGGCAAGAAGGGCUACUGCGUGGACUGUAUGGUGGCGUUACUCCUGCGCUCAUGGGCUCGUUUCCGGGUACAUUGAUUUUUUUUGGCGUUUAUGAGUUCACGAAGCGCAAGAUGCUGGAUGCCGGGAUCAAUGCUAAUGUGGCAUAUUUGUCUGGUGGUUUCUUUGCAGAUCUGGCCGCUUCGGUCGUUUAUGUUCCUUCAGAGGUUGCGAAGACCCGUUUACAGCUUCAAGGCCGCUAUAAUAACCCCUACUUCAAAUCCGGAUACAAUUACCGCUCUACUGCAGAUGCUUUCCGCACAAUCGUUCGUCAAGAAGGGUUUUCUGCACUUUUCUAUGGGUACAAGGCUACGAUUUUCCGCGAUCUCCCAUUCUCCGCCUUGCAAUUCGCCUUUUAUGAGCAAGAACAGCGAAUAGCAAAAGAAUGGGUGGGAUCUCGUGACAUCGGGCUGGGGUUAGAGAUCUUCACGGCCGUUACAGCGGGUGGAAUGGCAGGCGUGCUCACCUGUCCUAUGGACGUUGUGAAGACGCGGAUUCAGACGCAGCAGAACCCCGCACCCAAUUCGGCACCAGCACCCAACGCUUCGGUGGUGCGAGAAGCGAAGUCGGGCGUGCAGUCACAAUCGCGGUCUAUUUCGGCAACAGCGGCUGCGGCAUCUCCCACGCCGUCUGGGGCUUUACGAUUGGACAACUCCUCGUUCUUUACCGGUCUGAAGAUGAUUUACAAGACUGAGGGAAUUGGUGGAUGGUUCCGAGGUGUCGGCCCACGAGGAGUCUGGACUAGCAUCCAGAGUGGAACGAUGCUGGUCCUGUACCAAUACCUGCUCAAGCAGUUCGAAGCUUUCGGCGAAGCGGAGGACACAAACCCCCUUUGA